AGAUGGUGAAAUUCUACAGCUCCACCUACUCCUACGACCACCCCUUCCCCGCCGUCUCCCUCGCCUACUUCCUCCGCUACCCCAACCCCUACAGCAAACACGUCGCCUCCACCGACACCAUCUCGCGCUCCUUCGAUCCGGCCACCCAACGCCUCACAACCGUCCGACUGCACCUAAAGCGGAGUCGUCUACCCCCUGCGGUGCUGAAGUUGCUACCCAGCAGCGUGAUAGGGAGUGGCGCAGAUGGCACGACGCAAAGCUUCAUCCUCGAGACAAGCGUGAUCGAUGUGAGGGAAGGGUGGAUGGAGACGGAGAGUCGGAAUCUAAACUGGUGUAACGUCCUUUCCGUCAUCGAACGACACAGUUUUCGCCGGCCAGACAUUACCCCCGGACACACCCUUACGUCCCCCGAUGCUUUAACGGAUCGAACAGACGUCUCCGUCUCCGUCACCCUCAAAUCCCGCAUUGGGGAACAACUCCGCAAGCGCCGGCAACGCUGGGGUGAAACCGCCACGCCCACUUCCGUCGCCGGCGUGGGUGCGGGUGCAGGUGUGGGCGAAGAAGACGACCCCUCGGAGCUAGCGGCGUGGCCGGCGAAACAGGGAUUCUUCGGGUCAUGGUCGUCGACCGCGGCUCGCUCGGCUAUUGAGUCUAUCUCUCUGCAGCGGACGGAGAAGAGUCAGGCGAAGGCGAGGAAGGGUGUGGGCGUGGUGUUGACGAGGUUGGGGAAGGGUGGGAUUCAGGCGGUGCUGGAGGGGAUGAGGGCGGAUGGGGAGGUUGUUGCUUGAGGGAAGGAAGAUAAUAUAUGGAGGAUGGGAGGAAGAAGAAGAAGAAGAAGGGGAAGCAGGAGGGUGGAGCAUGGGGGAAGAAUGAUGGCGGUGGUCUGAAUGUAUAUUUAUGACGUUCGAGCGCUGGCGUUGCGGGUGAUGGAGAUGGACUUUCAACGUUCGCUUAGUGUAUUGAUGCAGGGAUGGUUGUACGAUGUAGUAUACAUGGAGCUUGUGCUUAUAGCUCAUGAGGCCCCAAGCCUGAAUAGGAAGACC